CACAGAUGAUUGACAUGCGCCUGAAUUGCCUGUCCUGAACCUGAACCUCGGCAUGUGCGACGGCACCGCGGCGUGUAGGUACUGUAGUCCAAGAACCUCCAGGUCUUGGCGGCUUGUCGAUGUUCCAAACGAACCAUUGCGCAACCGUCUCUUCUGCCGACUAAGGUUCUGCACCUACAUACAUACCUUGAUGUCUCCUCGUGCCAGCAAUAGCCUUUAAUUAUCUUCAAUUGAAUACUUGGCUCGUGACGCCAAUUUAUAACUUUGAUCUUGUAGAUUUACUGCACCCUCGCCAAUCGAGAACGAUCGCAUCGCAGAAAGCAGGCCGUCCACAACUACCGAGCUCACCAUACUCAGAAAACCAAAGAAGAAGAAAAAAAAAGCCACACACCAAAAACACCACAGCCCAAAUAGCCCCCAAUGGUCGCCGACGCCCUCGUAUACCACCCUACGGUGUCGCACUACCUUAAGUUCGUCGCCACGACCGUGGGUCGCGACAAGGUGCUGCGCGUGAUUCAGUACUUUGCCCGCUUCUACGCCUGGUACUUGUUCCGCACCAACGGCACACCCGGCGAGAUCGCACCCUGGGCCGCAAUCAAGAAGCAGUUUGGUCUCGUGCGCAAGUUUAUGCGCGUCGGCAAGAAUGUCGAGCACCUGCGUGCCGCCGCCGUCGCCGCCGACGCCAAGACUGCCGACCCUAUCGUGCGCUACACCACCGUCGGCCGCCAGCUCGGCUACGCCGGCUACCUGACCUUUGACGCGGCCACCGUGCUCGACGCCGCCGGCAUCAGGCCCUCCAAGAACGCCGCCAGGCUCAGCAGGGAGGCCUUUAGAUUCUGGGCCUUUGGCUUGACCUUUAGCGUUGUCGGCCAGCUGUACGCCCUGUGGAGGCUGAAGGAGCGCGAGGCCAGGGUCGACCGCAAGGAGGGUGAGGGUGUCGUUGAGGCCAAGAGGAUUGCAAUUGAGAGGGCGGGUGCCCGCACCCAGCUCAUCUCUGACCUGUGCGAUCUGACUAUUCCGACAUCGGCCUUGGGCUGGAUUCCAUUUGACGAUGGCAUUGUCGGUAUCGCCGGUACCGUGAGCAGUUUGAUUGGUGUCAUGGCACAAUGGAAGAAGACGGCAUGAGGGGUCGCUCAAGCUGGCCUUUGAGUUGGUUGGUUGCUCAGGAGUGGUUUACCCCGGUGAUACUGGGGGCUCACGAGAAUCAAAGUUUUGCGAGCUGAAAAUUGUUUGAUAAUGUUUGGGUUCAACACUUUUGAUUACUUUGUCGCAUUUGGAAAUUUGACAGCCCGUCCUAUUUAUUCUUCUUGUAACCCAGCACCUGUCUACAUUAUGGAUUGUACCUUAUAAUCGAUUGAUUGCUUUUUUUCGCCUUAGUACCUGUCUGGUGCUUCCGCAAAAACAGCAGGUCUCGCGUGACUACCGAUGAAAGCCAACGGCCAAGCAAGGACAUGAAGCCGGAAAGACAGCUGUCCGCAAAACCAGGUAUCAAUCCAGAUUCGAGCUGCUAUCAUCAGUUUACUUGACCAGUAGCCGAUGGCUUGGCUUUAAAUUAAAUUCUAAAAGGCGUCGAAUCGAUUCAAACCUCAAACUCGGAACUUGGACCCCCUGAAAAUCAACA